GUAUCGAUAGUGUCAUCGAUAAUUGAGAACUCUGCCGCUUACUCAUUGCGGAAAACGUGAAAGAAAAUCAUAUUGCCGCCUGUCUGCUACCAAAAUUGAUUGUUUUAGCUAAUAUUAACGUACAACGGCAAAUAACAUCACUUAAAAAUGCAGCCACAAAUAGUGCUCCUGAAGGAAGGCACCGACACGUCGCAGGGCAAGCCGCAGCUGAUAUCGAAUAUCAAUGCCUGCCAAUCGAUUGUGGACGCUGUCCGGACCACUUUGGGUCCCCGCGGCAUGGACAAAUUGAUUGUGGAUGCGCAGGGCAAAGCGACUAUAUCAAAUGAUGGCGCCACAAUUAUGAAACUACUGGAGAUCAUUCAUCCAGCUGCUAAAACUUUGGUUGACAUUGCCAAAUCACAGGACGCCGAGGUGGGCGAUGGUACCACAUCCGUUGUGCUGCUGGCUGGCGAGUUCCUCAAGCAGGUGAAACCCUUCAUUGAGGAGGGCGUCCAUCCGCGCAUUGUGAUCAAAGCCAUACGCAAGGCACUGCAGCUCUGUAUGGAGAAGAUCAAUGAAAUGGCCGUUUGUAUUGAGAACCAAUCAAAGGACCAGCAACGUGCCCUGCUCGAGAAAUGUGCCGCCACGGCCAUGUCAUCCAAGCUGAUACAUCAGCAAAAGGAUUUCUUUUCCAAAAUCGUUGUCGAUGCUGUCCUCUCUCUGGAUGAGCUGCUGCCACUGAACAUGAUUGGCAUCAAGAAGGUUGCCGGCGGUUCAUUGGAGGAAUCCCAAUUGAUUUCGGGUGUUGCAUUUAAGAAGACCUUCUCGUAUGCCGGCUUCGAGAUGGCACCCAAAUCCUACGAGAACUGCAAAAUUGCUUUGCUUAACAUCGAACUGGAAUUGAAGGCGGAGCGUGACAAUGCCGAGAUUCGUGUCGACAACGUCAAAGAGUAUCAGAAAGUCGUUGAUGCCGAAUGGCAAAUUCUCUACAAUAAAUUGGCCAAAAUUCACGAAUCUGGUGCCAAUGUGGUGCUCUCCAAGUUGCCCAUUGGUGAUGUGGCCACACAGUAUUUCGCCGAUCGCGACAUUUUCUGCGCUGGCCGUGUUCCCGAAGAGGAUCUCAAGCGUACAAUGAAGGCCUGCGGCGGCGCCGUUAUGACCACGGCCAACGACAUUAAAGCCAAUGUUCUGGGCCUGUGCGAGCGUUUCGAGGAGCGUCAAGUGGGCGGCGAUCGUUUCAAUCUAUUCCAAGGCUGCCCCAAUGCCAAGACUAGCACAUUGAUCCUUCGUGGUGGCGCUGAGCAGUUCCUCGAGGAGACGGAGCGUUCACUGCACGAUGCUAUUAUGAUUGUGCGUCGCACCAUUCAACACGAUUCAGUUGUCGCCGGUGGCGGUGCCAUCGAAAUGGAACUCUCCAAGGUGCUGCGAGAUUACUCACGCACCAUUGCCGGCAAGGAGCAGCUGCUGAUUGCAUCUAUUGCCAAGGGACUGGAGAUUAUUCCCCGUCAACUGUGCGACAAUGCCGGUUUCGAUGCAACCAACAUUCUCAACAAGCUGCGCCAGAAGCAUGCCCAAGGUGGCCAAUGGUAUGGUGUUGACAUCACCAAGGAGGACAUUUCCGAUAACUUUGAGCAGUGCGUUUGGGAGCCAUCGAUUAUUAAGAUCAAUGCAUUGACCGCCGCUGCGGAGGCUGCUUGCAUGAUUCUUUCUGUGGAUGAAACAAUAAAGAGCCCCAAGGCCGGCGAGGCACCGAUGGCCGGUGGCGGCAUGGGAAUGGGUCGUGGUAUGGGCAGGCCCAUGUAAAAAAAAAAAACUACACUUAAUCGCAGCAAACAACUUGCGAAAGAACAACAACAAUAACACUUAGCAUAACAUCAACAAACACAAACACAUACACUCAAUGCGUUUCGCAAAAAUUCAUUUGCAUUUUUCUCUUUUAACUUAACACACGUUCACAUGUAUUACUUGGUCAUAAAUCGCAGGCUUCUUUGUUGCUUCUUUUGAACAAUUAUAUACAAUAACUGACCUAUGCCUAUGUCUAAUAAAUAAAAUGAAAUGAAACAUAAUUUUUCAUAACACACAA